CAGACAAAUAUAAAGACUUCCAGGGAUUUUCCACGCUUUGGGGCUGCACGACUUGCAUUCGAGAAAAGAUGAGAAUCACCACGCUCCUGACGGCAUCCCUCCUCCCCGCCGGCCUGUUGGCCGCUCCGGCCGACAAGUCGAUCGACCCUCACGAUGGUUACGUUCGACGGGAAGGACUUUCUUGUGCUAUCGUCAACGCUUCCGCAGCGAACUGCCGGUCGGGACCCGGUACCAAAUACAAAGUGGUUACGACAUUACAAGGGAAGACGGUUGGCAGCUUCAUGUGUGUGAAGACUGGGGAAUGCGUAACCGAUAGCGGGAAUGUCAACUGCGGCUGGCACCAGGUGGCUGUCGGAGACAAAACUUGCUACGUCAGUGGCCACUACACCGACGAGAACUGCACUCUCGCCAACCUCGGGAGAUGUUAAGCCAAUGUCAGGAGUUUCGGCGCUUUUUCGCCCCAGGGAGGGGCCCGUGGGACCAGGAUUAGAUGUUUCCUCCAAGAGCACGAGCAUGGGAGAGGCAUUCUUGAAAGACAUGAGACUGAGGUCGUGUAAUAAUAGUAGAGGACCAACCGGUUGGUCGACCUUGUAGCAUAUCCAAAGAACUACAACCCUAA